AUGAGUAUUCACAAAAAUAUCGAAUGGACUAUAAUUAAAACCUAUGAAGAGGAUGAUUUUGUUUGUGUCGAUUUUCAUGGCAAAAAGAAUUCAUCUCUGGUUGAUUCAUUAACAAAUAAUUGUGAUUCAAAUAAAGAUUACAUUAAUGAUUUUGAAAGUUCUCGAGUUAAAUCCAAACCAUGCUCUGAUAAAAAGAGAAAUCAGAUUUCUAGUUUAAAAUGUACUUUUGAAGAUGAAUAUUAUCCAGAAUGGAAUAAAUAUAUUUCAAAAUUCCGAAAUGCGAUUUAUUAUGAUGAAGUGGAAAAGCAACAAAAUCAAAUUAAAGAAUUAAAAAUAAUACAAGGAAAGGUUGAAAGAGAUCUUGAACACUAUAAAAGAAAUCCAAAAAUAUUUAAAGAAGCUCACGAUAAAUAUAUUGAGAAUCAAAAACAAAUAAAAAAACUUGAUGAAAUCAUUAAUAAAUUACUUCAAGAGGUUUACAAACUCAAUCAAUUACGAGAUGAAGGAAAAUAUCUCCUGGAUAAUAAAAUAUGUUUUGGAUUAUCUAAUGUAGAUUAUGAAACUUUGCGAAAAUUUCCCGCUGAAUGCUUCCCAGCUUUUCUUGUAGAGUUUAAUCAUAGAAGAGAUUCAAAAUCAAUUCCUAAAGGUGAUUUGAGAUAUUUGGAUUCAUUACCGCAAGGUAUUAAGGAUAAUAUUAUUAAGUCAACAAAUAAAUAUAACAUCAAAUUUACUAUUGAUAUGUUUAAUGAAGAUGAAAAACGUAGUUUAUAA